GCCAUGAAAAUAAAGCCACAAAGAAGAGUCGAGUCGAUUAGUUGACACUCGGAUGGAUUCACGGUGAAACCUUUGGUUACUAACAGGCCAUAAGCUACAAGAACCCGGCUUUUUCUUUCUAUAUACAUGUAUUAUUUGUGAUAGAUAUGACGGAAAUGUUUUCAACUCUGUUCGGGCAAAACGAAGCUCAGGGACCGCAAGGCUCGUCGUCUCUGGGUUUCGGACCAGGGAAACCUCCGCCGCCUAUGCCGCAAAAUCAAGUCUCCAUGUCGGGGCAGAUGCCACCUCAGCUCGGGGAUGAGGGGCCUGCUCUGCGGAAACCCGGAGCCAUGAAUGAACCUUUCUACUUACUGCGAGAGCUUCCUGUGGGAAACGAGUUAACAGGCAACACCAACCUCAUCACCCACUACAACCUGGAACACGCCUACAACAAGUUCUGUGGGAAGAAGGUGAAGGAGAAACUCAGCAACUUUCUGCCAGAGUUACCAGGUAUGAUUGACUGUCCGGGAACUCAGGACGGCAGCUCAUUGCGCUCCCUGAUCGAUAAACCUCCAGUGUGUGGGAACUCCUUCAGCCCGCUAACUGGUGCUCUGCUCACAGGCUUCAGACUACACACAGGACCGCUCCCAGAACAGUACAGACUGAUGCACAUACAGCCUCCAAAGAAGAAGAGUAAACACAAGCACAAGCAUCAUCGACCACAGGACCCAUUACCACAAGAAACUCCUUCCGACACUGAUCCUAAGAAGAAGAAGAAAAAGAGAGACGACGAUCCCGACCGCAAGAAAAAGAAGAAAGACAAGAAAAAGAAGAAGAACCGACACAGUCCCGACCACCCGGGCCUCGCUGGAUCACAACCGAACAGCAACAGCCUCAGAUAGACAGGAGCCCACUGUGUGCAUGCCUGAAUGUGUGGUUUUGUAAGCGGAUGCGUGUGUGUUUUACAGAUAAUUGUAAUAUUGAAGAGUGCAUUUUAUGAGAGAAGCAAAUGGGCGUAUGGUGUGUGAGAAUGCGCGGCGACACAGUGGACGUGGACCGACAUGUUACAGAACAGUGUACAAGGCAAAUGAGCUGUGUGGUGAUGCGGGUGUCUGAGGGGACACCGUGUGUAUGUCUCUCUUUAAUUUCCUUGUGAUAUCUUUUGACCACAAUGCCAAAAUCAAAUAAACUUUGGUUAUUA